AGCAGCACCGCGGUUACGCCUUGCCCUAUGUGCUGUGUGUGUGGGGAAGCCGGGGGCGUGCCCGGGCGUCUGGCUGCUCGGGAGCGCGCACGUACAUCUGGAUGCUGUGGCCAUGGCAAGCCGGUAGCUGUGCGGGGUGCUUGUUGCUGUCACUAUGGGCUCAGCCAGGAAUGGAUACAGGGAUCGGCUGAUAGUCGCUGUGGAUGUUGGGAGCAGUGUGCUGAGGUGUCACCUGUACAACCAGGCGGGACAGAUCUGCGGGAGCGCGGAGGACAAGCUGAAAGUUCUGUACCCUCAGACCGGAUAUGUGGAAAUCGAUCCUGAGUCCUUAUGGGAUCAGUUUGUUGGAAUAGUAAAAGAGGCAAUCAAAGAUGCAGGAAUCCAGAUGAGUCAAGUGGCUGGGCUUGGGAUUUCAACACAGAGAGCAACAUUUAUCACAUGGAACAAGACAACGGGAGAACCUUUCCAUAACUUCAUCAGUUGGCAGGACCUACGUGCAGCUGACCUGGUUUCUUCCUGGAACAGCUCUGUGCUGCUAAAGGCUGUUCAUGGGGUUUGUACGGCAUUGCAUUUCUUCACUAGAAGGAAGCGGUUCUUAGCAGCCAGCCUGAUCAAUUUCACUACACAGCAUGUAUCUCUGCGGCUGGUUUGGGUCUUACAAAACAUUCCACAGGUACGACAAGAAGCCAAGAUCGGAAACUGUUGCUUCGGUACCAUUGACACAUGGCUGCUGUACAAGCUCACAAGCGGCACUGUUUUUGCAACAGACUAUUCAAACGCAAGUGGAACAGCCAUUUUUGAUCCUUACCUAAUGUGCUGGAGCUCUUUCCUCUGCUCUCUGCUAUCCAUUCCCAUGUCUAUAUUCCCUUCCGUGGAGGACACAAGUCACAACUUUGGGCUUGCAGAUCCUAUUAUAUUUGGCGCUGCAGUACCUAUCCGUGCCUUGGUCGCUGACCAGCAAGCUGCUAUGUUCGGACAAUGCUGUUUUGAUGUGGGGAACGUCAAGUUAACUAUGGGAACAGGAUCAUUCAUUUCUAUUAAUACUGGAGAAAGGCUUCACACAUCUAUUGCAGGUUUGUACCCACUGAUUGGCUGGAAAAUUGGCAAAGAGGUUGUGUGUUUGGCUGAAGGAAAUGCCUCUGACACUGGCACCGCUAUCAAAUGGGCUGAGGAGCUAAAUCUCUUCACCAGUGUUGCUGACACCGAGGCAAUGGCCAGGAGCGUCCCUGACUGCGGAGGGAUUUACUUUGUACCAUCGUUUUCUGGCCUGCAGGCUCCUGUAAAUGAUCCCUAUGCCUGUGCCUCAUUCAUGGGCCUAAAACCAUCCACCAGCAAGAACCACCUGGUGAGAGCCAUCCUGGAGUCAGUGGCAUACAGGAAUAAGCAGCUGUACGACACUGUGCUCAGGGAAACCACUAUCCCCAUCACACUUAUCAGGGCAGAUGGUGGUGUCAGUAAUAACAACUUUAUCAUGCAGAUGACAGCAGAUUUACUUGGUCAAACUAUUGACAAACCAAAACACACAGACAUGUCUUCUCUGGGAGCUGCUUUCCUUGCUGGUUUGGCUGUGGGUUUAUGGUCAACUAAAGACGAGCUGAAAAAACUGAGGACAACUCAGUGUGAAUUUGAGCCUCAGGCUAAGUGGAAAGAGUAUGAACAGUCAAUGGGAAGCUGGGAGGUGGCCCUGCAGCGAUGCUCCAACUGGUACAAUACCACCGCAGCGAGGAAGUCCUUGACAGCAUGGUUUCAGCCAGUUAGAGUCUGGAAUGCACUGGGAUGGUUUUUUUGGUUGGUGUUUCUGCUCCUGUUGCACCUACGGACCGGUUUCCCCAUCAGUUAAUUACUAAUAACCCUAUAUUUGGGUCUAAGGGGCACCCAUGCUUUACUUUACUCCCUUGUCUGUUCUCUAACAAUCAGAUAUUUGGCGCUGAGAAUUCUGGGGGGUCCAGAGGAGAGGGCUAUGCAGACUGUGCUGCUCCAGCAGUAGGGAGACUGUUCCAUAACUGGCAUGCCAUGGGGUGCCUCUGCCGUCCGUAUACCAGUAUAUAUGUUCUUUGUGUCCCUGCAUAAAGAUUGCUGCCAGUUGUGUAUAGAGGUAAUGCUUGACAGUACAGAGACACACGAUUCCCAGAUGCACCCCUGUAUAGCAGAGAAUGACAACAAUCUCCUUGCAUACCCUUGCUUGGCACGUACCCUAGCACAGUGGGGGGAGAAUAUAUGAAGGAUAAAAAGCAGGAAUUCUAGUGCAAAUAUUUUUGUGUGCCAGGUUAAUGGGUUUCAGGCACAGCCUACCCAAACUGUUCAAUGUGCUGCUUUUUUAUAUUUGGUUUUAUCUUUUGAUGUUUUUAGAAGCCUUAAAUCUGCUGAUAUAGCAAGGGGGUAAAGGGAAAGGGUAGAAAGAGUUUACGAACAAACCCAAAAAACGGUUAAUGCCCCUAAACUAAUACUGUGUAUUUCCAAGUAUUCUACUAACUUCAGGUAAAGUAGGCUGCUCCUACCAAUCAACAUUUGCCACUCAUUCUUGCUGAAUAACUCUGCUAAAAUGCCAACAGAGAGUAAAUGGCAUGUGUGAGUGCAUGCAGGCAUAAAAAUGCUUCCAUAUACAUAUCAAGGUAACCCCCAUAUGGUGAUCCUAACUGUUUACCUCUGCUCAUAUCCAUGGCCAGUUGCAUUAUCUUAUAAUAAGCAUCUCCUGACCAGUACAAAAGUACAUUGCUAUCUUACACAUAAUGCAAAGCUAUUGAUCAGAUCUUAAUUGCUGUUGUCAGAUGAUCGCAGAGAAUGCGUGAGAUGGUGCUACCCUGCCAAGCUACUAUGCUUUUGAGAAAAGCUACAUACAGAAGAAUAGUUUAUGGCUUCCUCAGUGGUGUGGCUCAAUAUUACAUUUUUAGCACAUGGGCAACUGAUGCACUUAGUACUGUACAGUCUGACACAUUGAGGCAUAUUUAUCAGGUGAGCUAGAGCUUUUUACAGCUUGCAAGAGGAAAAUUGGGCCCAUCUCUAUUCACUUGUAUUAGAUUUUAGGGAGCAUAUUAAUCAAAUGGUGGAACUCUCACUUUCACACUUUGAUAAAUACAUAUAUAAGGCAGAGCAGCCAUAUAUACUGUAGGUGUUUGCUAUCAGUACCAUAUGCUUAAUCAUUUGUUCAGUCUGGCACGUGGAGCUGAGUGGGGCAUUCCAUUGGGGGAUCAGCGGCUUGUUAGAUGAGCACUAGGGGGCACGUUCUUGCACACCAGGGAAAAAGUCAAUGACUCCCAGUAUGUGGUAAAUAACAUAGAAAUAUCUGCUUGUGCUGCUGAUGGAGAGUAGUUGACACCCCCAGUGUGUGAGUGCCACAGCAGAUAUAAAACCUAGGUGUCUGCCCACAAUGCACUGGGCUUUACACUACACAACCAGGUUAGAACAUAAGGGAUGGGGGGCAGUGUCCAUAAGCAAUAGCACAAGUCUUUUUGGACCUCUUCAGGCUUCCUCUGUUCUGUGAUGUUGCCAUGAGUUUGUAUUAAAAAUAAUCUAAGAAACUUGCAAGUACAUAACUGGACCUUGUAUAAUCACUGUGAAUGAAUGAAUUGAGCUUUGUAACAAAUGCAGUUUAUUUUGUUAUCUUUGUAAAUUGACUGUUUUGAAUAAUAAAAAAUAAAUGGUUCCUUUCUGCCUGA